GAUAGAUCAUUUAUUCAGUGUUGCAUUUCGCUUCACCUUCAUUUUAUUUCUAUUUUUUUAAUGAAUACAAAAUUGAGAUUGGAGUUUAUGGUAUAAGGAAUUUUUUUUCCUUCCUUUCUGUAGGUGCUUCUAAAAGGAGUAUUGACCAUGAGGAAGCCCACGUGAUGGUCCACUAAUCACACUGAAGGAAAUGAAGCCACGUUUCAGCUUUGCCGAUCCUUUUCUCACCACUGUCGGCUGAAUGAAAAAUGGUCGUGUGAUUAUGCUGACAGCCCAGCAUGCAUUUGGUAGACCUGUGGUUAACUCGUUCCCUCUCCAUGUGUCUGCUCUUACAAAGUUUUGUCCUCAUGAUACUGUGCUUUCAUUCUGCCAGUAUGUGCCCAAAAGGCUGCCUCUGUUCUCACUCUGGAGGUCUGAAUGUCAGCUGUAGCAAUGCAAAUCUCAAGGAGAUACCCAGAGAUCUUCCUCCAGAAACAGUCUUACUUUAUUUGGACUCCAAUCAGAUAACAUCUAUCCCCAACGAAAUUUUUAAGGACUUGCACCAACUGAGAGUCCUUAAUUUAUCAAAAAACGGGAUUGAGUUUAUAGAUGAGCACGCCUUUAAAGGGGUGGCAGAAACCUUGCAGACUCUGGAUUUGUCCGACAACCGGAUUCAGAGCGUGCACAAAAAUGCUUUCAACAACUUAAAGGCCAGAGCCAGAAUUGCAAACAACCCCUGGCAUUGUGACUGCACGCUGCAGCAGGUGUUGAGAAGCAUGGCCUCCAACCACGAGACGGCCAACAACGUCAUCUGCAAGACUUCUGUGCUGGAUGAACACGCGGGGAGACCGUUCCUCAAUGCUGCCAAUGACGCAGACCUCUGCAACCUUCCUAAAAAGACUACUGAUUAUGCCAUGCUGGUCACCAUGUUUGGCUGGUUCACCAUGGUGAUCUCGUACGUGGUUUAUUACGUCCGGCAAAACCAGGAGGAUGCAAGGAGGCACCUUGAGUACUUGAAAUCCCUGCCAAGCAGGCAAAAGAAACCAGAUGAAGCUGAUGACAUUAGCACUGUGGUAUAGUAUUCUGAAUACAAUGACUACCUUUGUGAUGGAAACUAGAUUUGGAUGUCACUCAAACCAGAGGUUUACUUCUGACGUUCAUUGUAAACAUUAAGACUUUCGGGGUUUUUUUUCCUGUUUAACUGAAUUAUGCCACUGUUGAGCUUUCUAACAGAAAGUUUUGUCUGGGUGGUAUACUUUAACUAUUUCUCUGGUGGUACCCUAAAGCAAGUGAAUUAAUGUGUAAACAUUAGUUUAGACCCAUUCCACUAUUUAAUAAUGAAAUUUAUUUUUUUAAUUUAAAAACCAAAUAAAAGCUCAAAUUUGAACCAUGUAAAA